AGUCUACUCCAAAUACCCUCUUUCAGCGCCCCCCCCCCACUUCUCUCUCUGCAACUCCUGGGCCGACCAUGGCGUUUCCGUACAUGGAAGCAGUCGUCGGUUUUAUGGUAUUGAUGUAUAUCUUUGAAACUUAUCUUGAUUUACGGCAACAUACUGCUCUUAAACUGCCAACACUUCCCAAAACAUUGGAAGGAGUAAUUAGCCAAGAAAAGUUUGAAAAAUCUCGAGCUUAUAGUCUUGAUAAGAGCCAUUUCCAUUUUGUUCAUGAGUUUGUAACUAUAUUGAUGGACUCGGCAAUUUUGUUGUUUGGGGUAUUGCCAUGGUUUUGGAAGAGGUCAGGAGACGUUCUUGUAUACGUUGGCCUCAAUGCAGAGAAUGAAAUAGUACACACCCUUGCAUUUUUGGCCGGUGUUAUGUUUUGGUCACAGAUCACAGACUUGCCAUUUUCUCUAUACUCGACUUUUGUCAUUGAGGCUCGUCAUGGAUUCAAUAAGCAAACAAUAUGGCUCUUCUUUAGGGAUAUGAUCAAAGGAAUCAUCCUAGCAAUUGUAAUUGGGCCACCUAUUGUUGCUGCAAUUAUUUUACUAGUUCAGAAAGGAGGUCCGUACUUGGCCAUCUAUCUUUGGGCUUUUAUGUUUGUUCUAUCUAUUGUGAUGAUGACCAUUUACCCAAUUUUGAUUGCCCCACUUUUUAACAAGUUCACUCCGCUUCCAGAAGGAGAACUUCGGAUGAAAAUUGAGAAUCUUGCUUCCUCCCUUAAUUUUCCAUUAAAGAAGUUGUUUGUUGUUGAUGGAUCUACCAGAUCUAGCCACAGCAAUGCAUACAUGUAUGGGUUCUUUAAGAACAAGCGUAUUGUCCUUUAUGACACUUUGAUUCAGCAGUGCAAAAAUGUAGAGGAAGUUGUUGCCGUCAUUGCACAUGAACUGGGCCACUGGAAACUUAACCACACUAUGUACUCUUUCAUUGCUGUGCAGAUUCUCACAUUUUUGCAAUUUGGAGGAUACACUCUUGUGAGGAACUCGAAGGAUCUGUUCGAGAGUUUUGGCUUUGAUACACAGCCAGUACUUAUUGGACUCAUCAUAUUUCAGCACACUGUGAUACCUCUCCAGCAUCUUGUGAGCUUUGGUCUUAAUCUUGUAAGCCGGUCCUUUGAGUUUCAGGCUGAUGCUUUUGCAAAGAAGCUUGGUUACAGCUCAACACUUCGAGCAGCUCUUGUGAAACUGCAGGAAGAGAACCUGUCAGCAAUGAAUACAGAUCCUUGGUAUUCAGCUUAUCAUUAUUCUCAUCCUCCCCUGGUUGAAAGACUCGCUGCAAUUGACGAGCUGGAUAAGAAGAAAGACUGAAGCCACUAUUAGCAACCUGAAGUGUGGUGAAUACAGUUCGAAGUUGUUUUAUACUCUUCCAACUGGAGGAUUUUCGCGAGCUAGAAUCUCAUUUGUUCUUGAGUUAACAGUUGCGUAUUUGACAAAAAGCUGGAGGCAGGGAGAGUUAUAGGAACGCCAAGGGCGAAAAGGCGAUAUGAUCGAGGAAGUGCUUAAUGUUAACUGGAUUCCAUUUGUAAUAUCUGUCUGCCUGUUAUGUUGUAUCUUAGUCUGAGGAUAUCUUUUGUUUUGUAGCAUGUCUUUCAACUGCACUGGUUUUCUUGCAGGUUUUCCAAGCAAUGAUGAAUGUUAUAAGUUCUAUCUA